AUGACUAAGGGAACAGGGAGUUUCGGUAAGAGGAGGAACAAGUCACACACGCUCUGUGUGAGGUGUGGUCGCCGGAGUUUCCACAUUCAGAAGAGUCGUUGCUCAGCCUGUGCUUAUCCCGCCGCCAGAAAGAGGACAUACAACUGGAGUGAAAAGGCAAUAAGAAGAAAGACAACAGGAACUGGUAGGAUGAGGUAUCUCCGCAAUGUCCCCCGCAGGUUUAAGACUGGCUUUAGAGAAGGUACACAAGCCACCCCAAGAAACAAAGCUGCAGCUGCUUCUUCCUAG